CCGGGAGGCACAGAAACUCGCCCUGUGUCUUAAUAAUCGGUUUUGCCUGCUUUUUCAAAAGUGAUAUAUUUGCGGUGUCUGUGGCUAAGGGUUAGUAAUGGAAUACCUUUUUUCCCCAGGCUGCUGGUUCAAAGACAGUCCAGGUCAGUAAUGACCAAAAUGGGAGGGGAGCAGCGGCAACGUUACUGUCUGGUGGCUUUUCCGUGUCUUUUGUGAAAUGAGUUGAUAGUCUUAGUACAGUCCCUACCGGCUGGAUCUGUAUAUCUCAAAAUCCUCCACAAAAACUGACUGGCUCAUGGAGACUGAACUCCCCUCUAGCCCUUAGAGGUGAAAUAGCACAUUGCCACAGUAGUAUAUGGUAGCCAGCAAAAUUGCUAAUUGAGGAUGGAAUCCAGUAUUGAUCCACUUCCUCGCACUUUUUCUCAGCAAAAAUAAUAUCAAGAAUUUAAAACAAGCCCCAUUUAACUUCAAAAAACCCAAACAAGCUGUAUUUACAAGUGGCACUUGCUGGCAAUACAAAGACCCUCCCAUAUGUGGCUGAAGGAAGACACUCCUCUCUGAAUCCUUUUGGUGGUCCUAAAGGCUGAUGGUUUUUGUUAGUGAGUGGUUACAUAGCCCCAAAACGUCGCAUGGUGCUGUAGAGAAUGGGUCACUAUGUCUUGAAUGUUGGGUCUGUUUCCUUCCCCAUUCCCUUUGAAAAUCUUGUUGUGUUGUUUUUUCCAGUUGCAAUUUCUGACCAGUUCUGUCCAGGAGACUGUGCCCAGGUUAUGACGACUAAUCCCAAACCGAACAAGGCAUUAAAGGUAAAGGAGGAGUCAGGAGAGAACGCCCCAGUGCUGAGUGACGAUGAACUCGUGUCAAUGUCCGUCCGGGAGCUGAACCAGCACCUGAGAGGGCUCACGAAAGAAGAGGUCAUCCGCCUGAAGCAGCGGAGGCGCACGCUCAAGAACCGGGGCUAUGCUGCCAGCUGCCGCAUCAAGCGUGUGACACAGAAGGAGGAGCUGGAGAGGCAGCGGGUUGAGCUGCAGCAAGAGGUGGAGAAGCUGGCCCGAGAAAACAGCAGCAUGAAGCUAGAGCUGGACGCCCUGCGCUCCAAGUACGAGGCAUUGCAGACCUUUGCUCGUACCGUUGCACGGGGGCCUAUUACCCCGACCAAAGUCGCCACCACUAGUGUCAUCACCAUUGUGAAAUCAGCUGAAAUCUCAUCCAGUUCUGUGCCAUUUUCAGCAGCAUCCUAGUGCCCUAGAUGGGGGAACUACAGCCUUUCGGAGGGAUGGGGAAAGGGCUCUUAUGCACCGUUCCAGAGUCCUUGGUCACUUCAAGAAUUGGCAUUUUAACAAUUCCUUCUCUUUCAAAAGUGCAAAAAAAAAAAAAAAUCUACAAAGGGAACGUAACUGGCUGCUCCUCUGUGAACUUAGUGGUUCCAUGAAGCUCUUGUGGCUGGGAUUUGAGCUCUGUACCUAGUAUGAGCUUUCUCUUCCUCCUCCCCCUGCCUCCCCAACCCCCUUUAGGCUGUGGGCAGCUUCCCAAUUGGGAGAAGAUACCGGAGGAGCCUUUGUGAAUAAUGUUCAAGAGCCAGGUAACAGAUGGACUGUCGAAAUCAUGUGAGAUGAAUGUAUAGAGAAGAGUUUCCUUCAGUGGCAUCCAACUCCCAUUAAGAAGUUACCUCACCCCACCACCACGUUCCACUGUCAUAGCAGUGGCAGAGAAAUAAACUCUGAAGCAGAGUCCAUUCCGCCAUGCACUGGGGGGAGGAGAGGAGGGUUGGUCAUACAGAGAGGGAAUAUGUUUGGGUCAGACCACACCAGUUAGGAAAAACCUUCCUGUCUUCAGCCCAUACCGGUUACCAGUUUACAUGUUUUAAUACACCCCAUACCUGUGUGGCCUAUAAAGCUAAAUUGCAGCCUCCCUUAUACAAAGCCAAGUCUACCAAGAGCUCCUUCCCCAAGAUGUGCCUGUAAAUUGGGUAUAUUUAUGCAGUUUAUUUCUUCCAGAUGAUCCACAGGUUUGUAAUAGUGGCUUAUUCAGGGUUCCUUGAAGCUCAAGGGAGGAAGGCACAGUAAAAUUCAAGAAGGGAGGUAUGUUGCGGGGCAUAGAGAGAAAUACUAGAAGUAUUACCGGCCUGAGGCAGAAUUGGUUGCCAUGGUGGGAAGUUGUUGUCCUGGAAAUCAGCACUGUGAAAAGGUGUUUAUGUAGAGCAUGUUAGAAAGAUGUGUUAAAAGCACUGAAGUAAAAAGAGGGCCCAUAGUGUAUGUGCAAGAAGAUCAAAGCCAGCAGAAACUCCUGGAUAACAGAGGUAGUGGUGGUUAAGGCCUUUGCCUGUUAGAACAGUGGCCAUCCCAACCUAAGGGGCCAUGUACACUGAUCUUUGCCAACAAGAGAUAGGGUAUGGGAUGCCGGGUGGAAGCUGAAAAAGGGAAGAAAGAUUCUUAACCCAAUCUCAGUCAUUAAAGCUGGGUUCCAAAGAGUAGAAAAACCUAUAGUGUUUUGUGUUGAGAGGGUUGAGAGAAUCUGUCUGACGACAAUCCUGAAACUGAACAUUUCUUGGGGGUGUGAAUUAUCCCUAGAGAUGCAUGGAGGGCAGGAUUGGAAUCGGUGGCUUUUGGGGGAUGGUAAAAUUGGGGUCAAUAAGUAGGGCUUAUGGUUCUGAAGGAUAGUUGGGAAGAGGUAACCGUGGCUCAGCAGUGGGCAGGAAAGGGGAAGCCAAAGGGAGAAGAGUCUAUUCUUUAACAGGACUGAAAAGACAUUCUAAGUUUCCAGGUCUGAGUAAAAAUAGCUAUGUUCAUGUUUGUGUGUGUUUGAAGUAGGAAAGAAAAGGGAUUGCCUGGUGUUCCAGAGUAGGUCAAAGAAUUGUGGGCUGUCAGAUGCCUGCUCUAAAGCAGGUGAGAAGAGGUUGAGACUCCUGAAGUUCAAGAUGACUGGAGGAGAUGGCUAAUGUUCAUAUUCAGAAGAGUUUGGUAGACCGGUGUUCCAGAGUAAGGUACAAAGGAGAAGAUGGAGAAGAAUGACUGGUGGUCUAGUUUAACUGAAAAGGAUAAAGGAAGAUGCUCCUAUCGUUGAAGAGGACAGAAAAUUAGCAUCCUAGGCCAGUGUAGGAUAUUGUUUGUGAAGUUAUCUUGUGUCUUGAAUUGCAAGAAGAAUGCACAAGUUUAGUGAAGCCCUGUCUUUCUUCUAAAGACAAACACAAGUUGUUGUUGGCUCACUUUUUCCCAGUCACUGGAGUCUCUUGGUUUCCCAAGAAGGUACUUAAGUCAAGUAGUUGGAGAGGCAGAACCUGGUUCUCAUUCAGUCCUAAACCUCUACACUGAUGACUUUCCUGAGCCAUAGGAUGUGUAAGAGUAAUACUUCCUUGAUGGCUUUUACCCCACCAGAUUCAUCUCCUCCUGGAGGAGGCAAACAGGAAGUUACCAACAAAUAUAGUUUGGAGGUAUUUAACUCCACUUCUCCUCCACUUCCUUACCAUCUCCUAACAGGCAGAUUGAUGUCUUGCGUAUCAGUACCAGUUAUUGGCUCCCCCAGCAGAAGCUGAGGAAGAGAAGACCCUAAUUCCUUUUCAUGUUCUGUAACUCAAAAGUACUUGGAAAUCUUCCCAGAUCUCUGAGGUGCAACCAUUAACACAGGCAAUGUCUAGAUUCCUAGCACUGUUGGGACUUUAAAAGAGAAACAGAAAAAUAUCCAGUGGACUUGGAAAUGACUGAAUGUUCCCCAUUUCUAAAAUAGCUCCAUGAAAGUCUUGACAUUCCUGAACAAAUAAGACCACCCCCUCCACCUGGGGAAUCCUUCACUGCACCAAGGAAAUGAAAUCAACUAGACAGGAGAGUAAUGGGAAUUUAAACAUAAUUCGGUGGGGUUCAGUUGCUGUUGGAAUGAGAUGAGGAAUAGAUCUGAGUUCUUUACUAGUACUUCCAUUGUGGCUGAGCAUUUUCCAAUUCUCGGAAAUGUGCCAAAGGCUUGUCCAAGUGAUUGCUGGUUUAGUGCUAGAAGGCGCGUAGUCUCUGAUUACUCAAUCAAGAAUGAGGCCUGGGUGUUAUUAAAGCUGUUGAUACCAUAACCAUGGUAGGUAAUCCAUAUUGGAUAUCCAUAAGGACCACGUGGAAAUAUUUAAAAAGAGAAAUAUAUAUAUAUAUAUAUAUAU